AUGUCGCUGGACGACGUGACGCGGCGAUGGCUGCGGCGGCUCGUGUCGCGAGCAUUGGAUGUCGAGCCCGCAGUAGUCGACCAACUCCUGACAGGAACCAAGACCGCGGACAACCAGGCCGAGCCUUUUGCUGCUGAUCUAGUGCAGCUGUUCUUUUCUGCGAAGGCUGAAGCCGGCAGCGUCCUCUUCUUCUUCAAGGGGGAGGAGCAGUACGAGCUUGAAGAGGAGGUGGAGGAAGAGGUCGAAGUCACUCGAGAAGCCUCACCCACAGACCCACCGAGUGAAGAAGCACCGACUGAGCCGACAGACGAGCAGUUGUUCCUCGAUGCAGAGGCUCCACCACCGCAGACGGAGACGGUCAAGAGGCUGGUGAAGCGCUCGCGGACGGCUACGCGCCAGGUGUGUCACGCCUCUUUGAAUACGCUGCCCGCGGACUCCUCCGAGUCCUCCACCGUGUUCUUGAUCAAGGUGGCGGCAGGACCCGUCACAGUGCAAAAUAUCGUGACGGACGGCCACGAGAAAGUCGCUCACUCGAAUGUCGAGCUCGGCUGCUCGACUGGAGACUUGCUCUCGAACUUGGAGGGCAUCAUCUGCCACGUAUUCAUGCCACUGCUCGACCCGCAGCUUUCAAGAGCCGACUAUAUGUCUAACGGACGAGGUGAGGGCGACGACGCGGGGGCCAAGAACUCGGCAGCUGCGCACCAGGCUCUGAAGGUGAUCGACGCGGUGCGUAACGAGUUCAAGAGCAACUUGGUCAAGUUUUCGUCGCAGAUCUCGAACGCCAUUCAACAGAUUCAGGGCGACAUCCACUUGAAUAUCCCCGACGUCGUCAUCACCAAGCCCGAGUCGCAUCUGGAUGACUAUGAGCUGAUUAACACGCUGGAGCAGGCGCUCGAAGAAUGGUCCAAGAGCGUGGCCAGCGUUGUGGAGCAGGAAGCCCGGAAGACCCCCAAGAGGAAGGGGCCACUCGCUGAGAUUGAGUUCUGGAGGGAGCGUAACGCUACACUCAGCACCAUCUUCGAGCAGAUUAACAUGCCCACGGUCCAGAAAAUGCUCAAGCUGCUGGAACUGGUGGAGGCGAGCAUGCUGCUCACGUUCAAGUAUCACUUCUCAGAGCUGAGCAAGCUCUACGUGGAGGCGAAGGACAACGUCAAGUUCCUCACGACCUUGGAGCGUCACUUCAAGAACAUCGCCAGCGGCUCUUUCUCCGCGAUCGCCGAUACACUGCCGUCCAUGAUGAACGCUAUCCGCAUGGUCUGGAUUAUCUCGAGGCACUACAACACGGACGAGCGGAUGGUGCCGUUGAUGGAGCGCAUCGCGUCCGAGAUCGUGGACAAAGUGGCAGUGGAGAUCAACGUCCACACCAUCCUACGGAAGAGUCCGGAGAAUGCGCUUCACGCCAUUGAGGAGGCGAAGAUGGUGCUGGAGUUGUGGCAUUCCACGUACAUAAAAGUGCGCGAGCGUAUCGAGGCCAGCGGGACUGAUCACCGCUGGGAGUUCGACCGCAAGCGGCUGUUCGAGCAAACCAACUACAUGGCCAAGAUCUGUGAAAACCUCCAAGAGGUGGCGACGGUGCUUGACCAAUUCAACAAAUUCCUAGGACCCGAGCUCAAGUCCGUGACCGGGGACUCCCAGGGGAUUGACGAGGUCAUGGCACGCGUCGAGAGUCUCAUCGCUCCGUUCGAGAGCGUCCCGUUCAAGAUCUUCGACCGCGGCUACAAGACGAGCUGGGAGUCCGUCAUGGUCCAGUUCCGCGAUAAAGUGAGCGAGAUCGAGCACAUGACACGGAAGUUCAUUGACACGUCGUUCCAGAAACUCCGAUCUGCUGAAGGCGCGUUCGACCUGCUGCAAAACUUCCAGAACAUCCAGUCGCGCGAGUCCAUCAACAAGCAGAUGAUGGAGAAGUACAAGGACAUCCUCAUGCAGUACACCAAGGAGCUAGAGAAGCUGGAGGAGCAGUUCCACCGAUACAAACACCGGCCGCCAGUGUACAAGAACCACCCGCCCGUUGCAGGCGCUAUCAGCUGGUCGCGCGCGCUCUACCUGCGCGCGAAGAAGCCCAUUCUGCGCUUCCGAACCAUGAACGACCUGCUCAAGAGCCCGCACGGAGAAGAGGUGAAGGACAAGUAUCUCGUCUUCGCACGCGCCGUGGACGCCUACAUCAAACAACUCCACAAAGACUGGAAGGAAAAGGUGCCCGCCCUGACGAACGAGUGCCUGAAGCAGUCGAUCCUCGGCCCAAAGUUGAUUGAGGCGGGCAAGUCGGAGACCGGCGUCAUGCUGUACAAGCUGCCUCCUCCGCCGUUCUACGCCAACUUCUCGCCCGAGCUGGCCAUGAUCAUCAAGGAGUCGAAGUACCUUGAUCGCCUCGGGUUUGAGAUCCCGGAGGAGGCGCUUAACGUGACGCUGCAAGAAGACAAGUAUCACCAGUACGUGCAGGAGCUGACGCUGAUGCUCCGACGGCACGACGCGCUUCUGGCGGAGCUCACUCCGGUCGAGACGCACCUCUUGCGUUCACAGCUCAAGGCCCUGGAAGACGUGCUGCGCGUGGGCUUUUCGCCUCUGAACUGGAACUCGCAGCGCGUACUGAGCUUCAUCGAGAACUGCAACAAGUCGCUGAACCAGUUCGCGAACCUCGUGAGCCAGAUCCACAAGAGCAGCAAGAUGGUGGAGGAGAUCGUCAUGGAUAUCGAGAACACGCUGCUGAUCAAGAUCGAGGACUUCGAGGAAGGUGUCGUGACGGAGGUGGGCGAGUUCUACGAGCUCGUCGAGCGCAACCGCAUGCAGCGCAUCGACGAGCUUGUGCAGAGCUACCGCUCGAUCGGUCCUCUGCUCAUCAAGGUGGAGGAGAUCGUCGCGGGUGUGAACACAGGCACUAGCCCGAAGAUGUCGACGUACUACAUGUACUGGGAGCGCCGCAUCUUCAACGCCAUCACCAAGAUGAUCAUUGCGUCGAUGACGACGUUCCAGGCGCUGCUCAACGUGCACACGAAGGACAUCAGCAGCGCCGUCUCGGUCAUGGGGCUUGGAGAAGGAGGGAAGCUCAAGCGCCCGCCACUGUGCAAGGUCAAGGCGACCAUGAACGGCAAAGACAUCAUCGUGACGCCGUCCCUCUCGGACAUGUACAAGUACCUGAGCAAGUCCGUCAAGCACAUCGUCGAGAGCGCCAAGGCGUUCAUCCGCUGGAUGCACGGAACGUGUCGAGAGACGCAGCCGCUCAUCGUGAACGAGGACGAGGAGCCGAUCACCUUCACCUUCUACUCGGACAUCUCGCAGAACCCGUACGUGAUCAAGAUGACGCUGUCGCUCAACCAGGAGAUCCACAAGGUCUUCAACAUCGUGAACCGCUACCUGGAUAGCUGGCGGCGCUACGACACCGUGUACAACCUCUGGAACACCAAGCGACGAAGCGCGCUCGAGAAGCUGGCGGACAAGAAGCCCCCUUGCGUGUACUUUGACACGCGCAUGGCGCAGUACACUCGCCUGGCUGAGUCCGUCCGCAACCAGCCCACGGAGAAGGACACGGACUUCUUGCAGAUCAACUGCCUCCCGUUGGCCAUCGCCAUCGCCAAGCAGGCCGAGAUGUGGAAGGACGACUACGGCAAGAUCCUCCUCGAGGUGUCGAACAAGAAGCUCGUGGCCAUCAGCGCCACGAUGGACCAGCUCGAGGCCGAGCUGGACGCGACCCCAGAAGACCUCGAUUCGCUCAAGAAGGUGCUCAACACGGUGGCCAGCAUCAGCGACAUGGGCAUGGAGAUGGAGCUCGAGUACGCGGACAUCAUCGAGCGCUACCGCACGUUGCAGACGUUCAGCAUCGCUGGAGACCCAGCCGAGUUCAAGAAGGCCUUCUCGCUCAAAGAGAGGUGGCGGAACCUCUUCCUCGCGUCCAAAACCAAGGACCUACGCCUCGUUAAGGUCAAGGACCAGUUCCGAGGCGUGACCAAGCAAGACGCGAUCAACUUUGCGGAGGACUGCAAGGCGAUGAAGAAGGAGUUCAUGGAGCGAGGACCGGGCACGUGCUCGCUUGAUCUGGACGCGGGCCUCGAACUGGUGUCGGUCUUCCAGAAGAAGCUCACGGUGUUCAAGGCCCGACGACAAGAGCUCGCGAACGCUGAGAACCUCUUCGCCUUGUUCAUCACGUCCUACCCGGAGCUGCAGCAGAUCGCGGAAGCCCUGGAGAAGCAGCAGGUCAUUUACGCGCUCUACACGGAGCAGAAGGAGUUUAUCAGCAACCUGUCGAGUAUGCUCUGGGCCGAGCUGGACGUGGCGGCCAUGAACAAAGGCAUCGAGGAGCUGGAGAAGCGCUGUCGUAAGAUCCCCAAGGACCUCAAGGCCAUGUCGACUUUUGUGGAGGUGGAGAAGCAGAUCCUGGCCUUCAAGGACAGUAUCCCGCUCAUCCAGAGUCUCAAGAACGAGGCCAUGAAGCCGCGCCAUUGGGAGGAGCUCAUGACCGUGACCCAGGUGCGCUUCGAGAUGAACCUCAAGACGUUCACGCUGGGCAACCUGUUCGUCAUGAAGCUGCACCGCUUCUCGACGGAGAUCGAGGAGAUCGUGAACGCCGCCAUGCAGGAGCAGAAGAUCGAGCAGGAGAUCCUCAAGAUCGAGGACUCCUGGGCCAAGGCGGCGCUGGAGCUGGUCAAGUACAAGAAGAACGGCACCGACCGCGGCUGGGUGCUCCGCGCCGCCGACGAACUCAAGAUCACGCUGGAAGACCACAUGCUCAACCUGCAGACCAUGUCGGGCUCGCGCUUCAUCGCCAACUUCUCCGAGCGCGUCCGCAAGUGGGAGAAGCGUCUGGGCGUCGUGAACGAGUGCCUCGAUAUCUGGUUCGUCGUGCAGCGCAAGUGGAUGUACCUCGAGAGCAUUUUCGUCGGCGCCGAGGACAUUCGCCAGCAGCUGCCGGAGGAGGCCAAGAAGUUCGACGCGAUCGACAAGGCCUGGAAGACCAUCAUGGGCGCCACCUACAAGAACGCCAACGCCGUGGAAGCCUGCACAGCGGAGAACCGGCUGGAGACGCUGCACUCGCUGUCCGAGCGGCUCGACAAGUGCCAGAAGUCGCUGAGCGACUACCUCGACACGAAGCGGAACUCGUUCCCGCGGUUCUUCUUCAUCUCCGACGACGAGCUGCUCAGUGUGUUGGGCUCUUCCGACCCGACGUCCAUCCAGGUUCACAUGCUCAAGCUCUUCGACAACGUCAAGUUGUUGACCUUCGUACGCAACAACAAGAGCGUCGGCGCCAUGGAGAGCGCCGAAGGAGAAGGCUUCCAGUUCCGCACGCUGUCUGCUGUGGAGGGCCCCGUUGAGUCGUGGAUGACGGGCGUCGAAGACGAAAUGCGAGUGACUCUGCAGUGCAUUGCGAAGGAGGGCGUGUUCCAGUACGCCAACAUGGACCGCACCAAGUGGCUCGAGCAGGUGCUGGGCAUGGUGUCGCUCGUGGGCAGUCAGAUCUGGUGGACGUGGGAGGUUGAGGACGUGUUCCAUCGAGUCAAAGGUGGCGACAAGUACGCCAUGAAGGGCCUUGAAGGACGGCUGACGGAGCAACUCAACAGUCUCGUGCGGCGCGUGCGGGAGCCGCUGGAUAAACUCACGCGUAAGAAGGUUAACACGCUGCUGAUCAUCGACGUGCACGCGCGCGACAUCGUCGACUCGUUCGUUCGAGACAGCAUCCUGAACGAGAAGGAGUUCGCCUGGGAGUCGCAGCUCCGGUUCUACUGGAGGAAGGACGUGGACGACGUCGUCAUCAGCCAGUGCACGGGCAACUUCCGCUACGGCUACGAGUACAUGGGCUUGAACGGGCGACUGGUGAUCACGCCUCUGACAGAUCGAUGCUACAUGACGCUAACGCAGGCGCUGACGUUUAAGCUUGGAGGCUCUCCUGCAGGCCCUGCGGGUACGGGCAAGACGGAGACUGUCAAGGAUCUGGCCAAGUCGCUCGCGUUACCGUGCUAUGUGAUCAAUUGCGGCGAGGGGCUGGACUACAAGGCCAUGGGGAGUAUCUUCUCGGGGUUGGUCCAAGUCGGCGCCUGGGGCUGCUUCGACGAGUUCAACCGCAUCAACAUUGAGGUGCUGUCUGUGGUCUCGGCCCAGCUUCGAGCGAUCCAGAACGCGCUCAACUACGACAAACCCACCGUCGACAUUGGCUUUGGCCAGGAGAUCGCCAUCCACCGCACGGCUGGCUUCGCCACCUGCGGGUUCUUCAUCACGAUGAAUCCAGGAUACGCCGGACGCACGGAGCUGCCAGACAACCUCAAGGCGCUGUUCCGACCCGUGACAAUGAUCGUGCCGGACCUGCUGCAGAUCUGCCAGAUCAUGCUCUUCUCCGAGGGCUUCGAGAACGCCGUCUCGCUCGCCAAGAAGAUGACGGUGCUGUACAAGCUCUCGCGCGAGCAGCUUUCCAAGCAGUAUCACUACGACUUCGGGCUGCGCGCGCUCAAGAGCGUGCUGGUCAUGGCGGGGUCGCUCAAGCGCGAGUACAGCGACAUGAACGAGGACCUGGUGCUCAUGCGCGCGCUGCGAGACAGCAACAUGCCCAAGUUCGUGUUCGAGGACGUCCCUCUGUUCCACGGACUGAUCAACGACCUGUUCCCCGGCUUGGACUGCCCCCGUGUGGGGUACGCAGCGCUGAAGGACGCUAUCGAGGCAGAGCUCGUGGCUGGCGAGUACAACACCACCAACCCUGCCGUGUACAACGAGCAGAUCGACAAGAUCAUUCAGAUGUACGAGACCAUGCUGGUGCGGCACACGACCAUGAUCGUCGGCCCCACCGGCGGUGGGAAGACCCUCGUGCUGAAUACGCUGGCGGCCGCGUCCAAGACGGCUCUGGACGAGCAAGUCAAGAUCUUCGUGCUGAAUCCCAAGGCUCAGCCGAUCGCAGAGCUCUACGGCACGAUGGACCCCGUUACGCGUGACUGGACGGACGGCGUGCUGUCCAAGCUCUUCCGAGAGCUCAACCAGCCUCUCCCCACCGGCAAGGAGAACGAGAAGCGGUGGCUCAUCUACGACGGAGACGUCGACGCCGUGUGGGUGGAGAACAUGAACAGCGUCAUGGACGACAACAAGCUGCUGACGCUGCCCAACGGCGAGCGCAUUCGGCUGCAGACUCACUGCUGCAUGAUCUGCGAGACGUUCGACCUCCAGUACGCGUCUCCAGCUACCAUCAGUCGCUGCGGGAUGGUCUGGGUCGACCCGAAGAACCUCGGGUAUCGCCCAUACUACGAGCGGUGGCUCAAGAAGAAGUACCCGCUAGUCCCCGUCUCGACAGAUACCCCUCCGGGCCCCAACUCGCCGCCUCCUGGAUCUACUGCGAUGUCCACCCCACUCGAACGCACGCUGUUGCUGGAACUGUUCGACAAGUACGUGCCCAAGUGCAUCGACUUUAUCCUGGAAGGCGUCUUCGGCGCGGACGAGAUCGUGGCCAAGUGCCAGCAGGUGAUCCCCAUCAGCAACAUGGAAAUGUGCAAGCAGCUCUGCAUCUCGUUGGACGCGUUCCUGCCCACGGACGGCUCGUUGGAUCCGACGUCGGACCGUGCGAGCGUUGAAGGAAUCUUCUUGUUCAGUGUAGUGUGGUCCCUGGGCGCUGCGCUGCUCGGUAGCAGCCGUGCUCGGUUUAACGAGUUCCUCCGCAAGAUCGCAGACUGCUCCCUGCCGGCCACGAGCCUCUACUACAACUUCUUCGAUUUGGAGACCCGCAAGUGGCAGCCUUGGGAGUCGCGCGUGGUUCCGUACGCCGAGCCGGCUCCGUUCAACUUCUCGCGCGUGUUUGUGCCCACGACCGACUCGGUGCUGUAUAGCUUCAUCCUGGCGAGCUGCAUGCGCACGGAGAAGCCGAUCCUGUUCGUGGGCGAGAGCGGCACGGCCAAGACCGUGACGAUCCAGAGCUACCUCCAGGACCUGGACCAGCAAACGUGCUCGACGCUGAGUAUCAACUUCUCGAGUCGAACCAGCAGUCUGGACGUCCAGACGAACAUCCAAGCGAACGUCGACAAGCGGUCCGGCAAGAUUUACGGCCCUCCAGCGGGGAAGAAGCUCUUGAUCUUCAUCGACGACCUGAACAUGCCCAAGGUGGAUCUCUACGGAACGCAGCAGCCGAUCGCGCUCCUGCACUUUGUGAUGAACCGCGGCAGCAUGUACGACCGCGGCAAGGAGCUGGAUCUCCGUAUCCUCAAAGACUUGCUGUUCAUCGGCGCCAUGGGACCUCCCGGCGGCGGUCGGAACCAAGUGGACCCUCGGUUCGUGGCGCAGUUCAACGUGUACAACCUCACGCCUCCAACGAAAGAGGUGCUCAAGCACAUCUACGGCUCGAUCGUGACGACGUAUCUGCGGAACUUCAGUGAACCGAUCCAAGCCAAGGGCAUCAAGCUGACGGAGGCUCUGCUGCAGUUCUUUGAGUUCACGCUCGAGAAGCUGCCACCCACUCCGUCCAAGUUCCACUACAUCUUCAACCUCCGCGAUCUCGGGCGUGUCUGCGAAGGGAUCUGCAUGGCCACGACGGACAAGUUCGACAGUCCUGGCAAGAUCGUGAGGCUCUGGAGGAACGAGGUGAAGCGAAUCUUCUGCGACCGGCUCACGAGCGAGUCCGACAACGCGCUGGUGGACGGCGCGAUCACUCAGAUACUGCGUGAUACGUUCCCCGACGAAGCCGAGGUGGCAUCGGCCGACCCGCUGAUCUUCGGCGACUACGCGGACUGCAUUGGCCGCAUCACGGGCCAGGCGUCGGCCGAAGACGCGCGCUUGUACCAGGACAUGGAGUCGUAUCGCCGUAUUCGCGGCAUCUUCGACGAGGCGUUGGAGACGUACAACCUGGACAACAAGCCCAUGACUCUGGUGCUGUUCGAGAUGGCGUUGGAGCACUUGUCCCGCAUCCUGCGUAUUAUCCGGAACCCGCUGGGCCACGCGUUGCUGAUCGGCGUGGGUGGCAGCGGCAAGCAGAGCUUGUCCCGACUGGCGGCGUUCACCGCCGGGUACGACCUGUUUGAGAUCUUCCUGACCCGCGGCUAUGGCGAGGCCGAGUUCCGAGAGAACCUCAAGGACCUGUACCGCAUGCUGGGCAAGAAGCCCGUCGUCUUCCUCUUCACGGACGCGCACGCAGUCGAAGAAGGCUUCCUCGAGUUUAUCAACAACAUGCUCACCACUGGCGUGGUGCCGGCACUGUUCGAGACCGACGAGCGUGACGCCCUUGCGAGUUCCGUCCGAGACCAGGUGAAGGCUGCGGGGCUGGUCGAGACCAACGAGAGCUGCUGGAGGUUCUACGUGAAUCUGUGUCGCCAAAACCUCCACGUGAUCCUGGCCAUGUCGCCUUCCGGUAGUACGCUGAGGACCCGCUGCCGCAACUUCCCCGGUCUCGUGUCUGCUACGGUGAUCGACUGGUUCUUCGCGUGGCCCGAAGACGCUCUGCGCAACGUGGCGCAGUACUUCCUGGCCGAAGAGGCCAUCCCCGAGGAAUCGCGCGAGCAGGUGACGAAUCACCUGGUGCACGCGCACUUGCGCGUGGUGCGCGUGGCCCAUCGCUUCGGCGAGGAGCUGCGUCGACACUACUACGUGACGCCCAAGAACUACCUCGACUUCAUCUCGAACUACCGACUGCAGCUCAAGGAGAACAAAGUCAAGGUCACGGCAAGCAUCGCUCGUCUCAAGGGCGGUCUCACGAAGCUCGUGGAAGCGGCUCAAGCCGUGGACGUCAUGCAGGUGGAGCUGUCGGAGAAGAAGGUCAUUGUGGACGAGAAGACGCUCGCGUGCGAAGCUCUGAUCAAGACGAUCGAGGAGAAGUCGGCCGUGGCUUCCAAGCAGCAGGAAGUGGCUGCCGCGACGCAGAUUGAGUGCGAGAAAGCGUCCGUUCUCAUCGCUAAAGAGAAAGAAGAGGCCGACGCUGCGUUGCUCGAGGCUCUUCCAGCUGUGGAGGCCGCCGCUGCAGCGCUGCAGGAUUUAUCCAAGGCGGACCUGACGGAGCUCAAAUCGUUCGCGUCCCCGCCGCCAUUGGUCAUGUCGGUGUGCAUGUGCGUGUUGAUCCUUAAACCUACGGGCCAAGAGCUGGAUCUCGACUGGAAAGGAGCCAAGGUCAUGCUCAGCAACGCCAACCUCAUCACACUCUUGAAGGAGUACGAGAAGGACAAGAUCUCGUCCAAGAUGAUCACCAAGAUCAAGACGUUCUUCAAGAACCCGGACCUCAACAUCGAGAACAUGAAGUCCAUCUCUAAGGCCGGCGCAGGUUUGCUCGUGUGGGUCGUGGCCAUCGUCAAGUACCACGACGUCGCCAAGAACGUCGAGCCGCUGCGUCUGAAGGUCAAGUCAAUGGAGAAGGAGCAGACCAUCAAGGAGCAGGAGCUCGCAGACCUCAAAGCGACUCUGGACCGGUUGAAGACGGAGCUCGAUAACCUGUCGACGCAGUUCCAGGAGGCCAACUCGGAGCUGCAGGGGCUGAAGACACAAGCCGACCAGAUGCAAAAGAGGCUGCAGGCGGCCAGCAAGCUCCUGGCAGGUCUCGGCUCGGAGCGCACGCGCUGGACGAAGGACGUCGACUCGCUCAACCUGCAGAGCGAGCGGCUGGUGGGCGACUGCUUGCUCACUGCGAGCUUCCUGAGCUACGCUGGGGCCUUCAGCUUCGACUACCGCUCGGACCUCAUUUACCGCGACUUCUUCCAAGACAUCGAGGCUCGCAAGCUGCCCGUGACGAGUCCAUUCCGCCUCGAGAACUCGCUCACGGACGACGCGACCAUCCAGAAGUGGGUCUCGGAAGGCCUGCCCGCGGACGAGCACUCGGUGCAGAACGGCAUUCUGACCACGAAGGCGAGCCGCUUCCCGCUGUGUAUCGACCCGCAGCAGCAGGCGGUCAACUGGAUCAAGAAGAAGGAGGAGAAGAACAGCCUGACCGUCAAGACGCUGAGCGACCCGGACUUCAUGAAGCACUUGGAGCUGGCGAUUCAGUUCGGCAACCCGUUCCUGUUCGAGAGCGUGGACGAAGAGCUGGACCCCAUCUUGGACCCGGUGCUCGAGAAGAGUACGUUCAUGGAAGGCUCGCAGCGGCUGAUCAAGCUCGGCGACAAGAACGUCGAGUGGGACGCCAACUUCCGCCUGUACUUCACGUCCAAGCUCGCCAACCCGCACUACUCCCCGGAGGUCAUGGGCAAGACCAUGAUCGUCAACUACAGCGUCACGCAGGACGGCCUGGCCAACCAGUUGCUGAACGUCGUGGUGGCCCACGAGAGGCCCGACUUGGAAGAGCAGUACAGCGACCUCGUCACGGAAAUGUCCGAGAGCACGCAGCUCAUCGUGGAGCUGGAAGACACGCUGCUGCGCGAGCUCUCGAGCAGCUCCGGCAACAUUCUGGACAACGAGGAGCUCAUUGCCACGCUGGACGAGACCAAGAACAAGGCGACGGAGAUCAGCGCCAAGCUCGAGCUGGCCAGCUUCACCAAGGACGAGAUCACCAAGGCUCGCGAAGUGUACACGCCUGUGGCUCUGCGCGGGUCGAUCAUGUACUUCGCGAUGGCAGCGCUCGCGACCAUCAUGAAGAUGUACGAGAUCUCGCUCGCGAGUUUCCUCACCGUCUUCCACACGGCGCUCGAGACGGCGAAGCGCGACGUCGUGCUCGAGAAGCGGCUGCGCUUCAUGGUGCAGUCGAUCACCGAGAUGAUGUACGACUACACGUGCACGGGCAUCUUCGAGCGGCACAAGCUCAUGUUCUCCUUCCAGAUGACGUGCAUGAUCAUGAGUGCGGCGGGCGACCUCAAUCGCGCCGAGCUCGACUUCUUCCUGAAAGGCGACACGUCGCUAGAGGCCGCGUCACAGCCGAAGCCCGAGGACCUCACGUGGGUGUCGGGCGCAGGGUGGAAAGACCUGCUGUGCCUCAGCAAACUCGGCGAAGGCAACGGAGACGGAGGCGUCUUCGGCUCGUUGAUGUCGGACUUUGCCACCAAGACGAGCGAGUGGAAGGCCUGGUACGACCUGGAGGUGCCCGAGCUGGCUGAUCUCCCGUGCGGCUACUCGGACACGCUGUCGAGCCUACAGAAGCUGCUGGUGUUCCGCUGCUUCCGCCAAGACCGCGUGUACAACGCCAUGAAGCUGUUCGUGAUGACCGUGAUGGGGGAGAAGUUCGUGCAGCCGCCGGUGCUCGACUACGCGCGCAUCUACAGCCAGAGCGCGGCGAUGUCCCCGAUCGUGUGCAUCCUGAGUCCGGGCGCUGAUCCACAGAGCGACAUCCAGACGCUGGGCGACGAGUACGGGUUCUCCGGCCAUCGGUUCAAGUUCCUGGCGCUCGGCCAAGGUCAGGGGCCUCUGGCCGAGCAAAUGCUGGAGGCCGGAGCCACGCGCGGCCACUGGGUGCUGCUGCAGAACUGCCACUUGCUCGCGAGCUGGCUGCGCACGCUCGAGAAGAUGCUGCUGGCCAUGACCAAGCCGCACAAGGACUUCCGGCUGUGGCUCACGACGGAGCCCACGGACCGGUUCCCGCUUGGCAUCCUGCAGCGGUCGCUCAAGGUCGUGACGGAGCCGCCCGACGGGCUCAAGCAGAAUAUGCGGAGCCUCUACUCCAAGCUGGACCAGAGCAUGCUCGAGGAGUGCCCGCACGCCGCGUUCCGGUCGGUGGUCUACGUGCUGUGCUUCCUGCACGCGGUGGUGCUGGAGCGGCGCAAGUACGGCAAGAUCGGCUGGAACGUGAGCUACGACUUCAACGAGUCGGACUUUACCAUCUCGAGGAAGCUGCUGAGCCUGUACCUGUACAAGGCGUACGAGGACCGCGACGAGCAGCUCCCGUGGGGCUCGCUCAAGUACCUCAUCGGCGACGCCAUGUACGGCGGCCGCGUGAGCGACGACUACGACCGCCGCAUCCUCACGACGUAUCUGUCCGAAUACAUGGGCGACUUCCUGUUCGACGACUGCCAGCGGUUCUACUUCAGCCGCUCGGGCUUCGACUACGUUCUGCCUGGCGCGUUGGACGGCGACUCGAGUCCGCUGGCGCUGCAGCUGGACGACUACGUGGCCACGGUGGAGACGCUGCCGCUGACCAACAGCCCCGCGGUGUUCGGCCUGCACCCGAACGCCGAGAUCGGCUACUACACCAACAUGUCCAAGAGCGUGUGGAAGGACCUCAUCUCGCUGCAGCCGCGGUCGGCGCAGUCCGGGGCCGGCGUCUCGCGGGAGGAUCACAUCGGCAACGUCGCAAGCGACAUCCAGUCCAAGGUGCCCGAACCGGUGGACGUGGACCAGAUCCGCAAGAAGCUGGGGCUCACCCCCACGCCGACGCAGGUCGUGCUGCUGCAGGAGCUCGACCGCUGGAACCUGCUGACGGCGCGCAUGCGCGUGUCGCUCGGAGACCUGCAGAAGGCGCUCGUGGGCGAGAUCGGCAUGAGCGACGAGCUGGACGCAGUGGGGAACGCGCUGUACGACGGCUUUUUGCCGAAUCUGUGGCGCUCGCUGUGCCCCAAGACGGAGAAGCCGCUGGGGAGCUGGAUGGAGCACUUCACCAUGCGCUUCAGGCAGUACAUGGACUGGGUGGCGCACGGAGAUCCGCGGGUCAUGUGGCUCUCGGGCCUGGGCAUCCCCGAGUCGUACCUCACCGCGCUGGUGCAGGCGACGUGUCGAGCCAAGAACUGGCCGCUGGACAAGUCGACGCUCUACACGCGCGUCACGAGCUACACGCAGGGCUCGCAGCUGCCCGCAGCUACGUCUGCUGAGGGCGACACUGCGUCUGGCUGCUUCGUCAAGGGGCUCUUCCUCGAGGGCGCGUCCUGGGACCUCCAGCGCGGCUGCCUCGCACCGCAGCGGCCCAAGCAGCUCGUCGAAGAGCUGCCCAUUCUCCAGGUCAUCCCCAUCGAGGCCAGCCGACUCAAGCUGCAGAACACCUUCCGCACGCCCGUGUACGUCACGCAGAGUCGGCGCAAUGCCAUGGGGGUCGGCCUCGUCUUCGAAGCGGACCUGCACUCGACCGAGCACGCGUCGCACUGGGUGCUGCAGGGCGUGGCGCUCGCGCUCAACACGGACUACUAA